UUGCUAUAACCAAAACACAUGUACUGGAAGAAAUAUGCACGUAUGUAAAACAAUGGAUCAGGCAAAUCACUAUGGUGUUAGUACAAAGCCAGCAGCUGCGUCGUGAACCUUCAAAUAUUGGUCCUCUGGCUGAGCUGGACCACUGGCGUCGCCAGCUAACUACAUUCACGUCAAUUAUCGAGCAUAUAAAAAGCGAACCAACACAGAUGUACAUUCACAUAUUAAUACGUGCAAAAUCUAAACUAUUAAAGAAAUGGCGACAAUUAGAUAAUCUAGUCACUGAUUACUAUAAUGAAGCUUUUGAUAAUGUGAAAUAUUUAUACGCCUUGGAAAAAUAUUGCGAACCACUGUACAGGUGUGACCCUUCCACGACGCAACAAUACAUUCCUGGCUUAUUGUACACAAUUCGCAUGAUAUUUGCUACAUCCAGAUACUAUAACACUACCAAACAGAUUUCUACGUUACUUGUCAAAGUUACUAACCAGAUUCUUAAUAUGUGCAUGGAAUUUCUCACUAAUGGAGGCAAAAAGAAUAUCUGGAAUCAAGAUAAACUAAAAUUUAUUUAUAAAGCUAAACUGAGUUUAAGUUUAUACAACUUCUAUCGUGAGUGCUACGCAGAAACUCAAAAAGAAAUGAUGGAAGCAGCCGAUGAAAGACCGUUCGAUUGUUCCGAGAUGUAUAUAUUCGGAAAAUUCGAAACUUUCCGCAUAAGAAUAUCAAAAGUGAUCGAUUUAUUCCAAACCUACAUAACAUAUUAUGUAUUGAAUAAAACAACAUUGGAAGGCAUUGAAGAGUAUGCAGCCAAUUUCAAUAAACUGUUCAAGAGUAUAUCGUCCAAAACGUAUGAUGCUUUAGAUCACAGGCGACCAGAUUUCGAUAAGGAUUACAAAAUAUAUAAAGAUGCGGUGGCCAAUCAGGAACUGUUGCUUGAAAACUUCAUGAUUAACAGUGUGAAUAAAUGUCCGACGACAGAGAUAGCAUUGCAUUUGUUAACUCGAUUUGAAAAACUGAAGUUAGACUGUCUGUAUCUCGAAGAUCAGUAUUAUGAUUUAAUCACAACUUAUACAGCUGAGAUAGAAUCACUACGAGACAGAUAUAAUGAAGAAAGAGAGCAGCCUGAGUUGUCAAGGAAUAUGCCACCGGUAUCUGGACGGAUUAUGUGGAUCAGGUUUUAUGAUAAAAGUAUUAAUUAUCCUAUGGAUGUUUUCAAACAGCACCAUGAAGUAAUUACGCAUAUGGUACGACUCGGCUUAAUUGCUCCUCUGCUGAUCCGUCAUCCAACAACCAAUAUGUAUAUAGUAAACUUUAGUAUCUACAUACCAGAAUGCAUCAGAGAGGUCGAAUACAUGUGGCAACUGGGGCUAAGUGUUCCGGACGGGGCUCAAAUUGUGGCGUUUUGUAAAGAUAAAAUCCUCGGAAAUUAUGAAAGAGUAAAACAUUUGGUUGACAGGAACAACCAAAUACGCAGGAGCAUGCCCAGGCUGUACCAACCGCUGCUACGUGCACAACUUAUCAAAUUAGAAAAUGCUUUCCAACCUGGAUUUUCUACGAUAACGUGGACAUCCUUAGAAAUACCUGCAUAUUGUGAACGUAUAGAGAAAGUGCUUACCGAAGUAGAUUUAUUUGUAAAAGAGGUGGUAGACAUGAAAGAGGCACGAAUUGAUGCCAUUUUAAGAUCAAUAACAACAACUGUGCUCGUUUACUUGCCCGAAGAAGCCGUAGAUCCAGCAGUCUUCUACGAAGAGAAUCUUUUGAGACGUGACGAAAUAGCUUUGGAGAUUCAACAAAAGUCGUGGAAUGCAGAAAUAGCAGUUAUCGAACUCGUACACAAGUUUCUGGACAGUGUACCUUCUAAAUGGUUGGACUUAGAAAAAGCAUUAAAACAAGUGACGUCAGCGACAAGGGUAAGCACUGAGGAUACAGUAUUCAAUGAGAUUGAAAAUCCAGAUCGUUAUGAUGUAAAUCACACAAUCAACGAAUGCAAUGAACUGUUUGCAUAUUUUGCUACAAAAUGUGUUGAAGCAUUAAUUAAAUGCACGCGACAAAGUCUCGACUUGCUAAGACGGAGAGCUUCUGUAUCGAGUUUUCUGACAAUGACUAUUGAUCCCGAAGAACAGAAAAAAUUGAAACCGCUAAUGAUGACCAAUAUGUACUUACAAAUACCAAAGAUAUCGAUAAAACCUACUUUGGAGGAGAUACAAACGUCAUUUUCACAGGUGGUAUUGAAUUGUGUAAUGGAUGUCCAUCGGUAUGUAUUUACGUGGGGGCAACAAGAACAAAUAAAGAAGGAACGGAUGGCCGGGGUGUCGUUAACAGUUGCACGAAGCACAACAGGAUCUAGGUCGGGGUCCAAUGUGAGCGGAAUCCGAAGUUAUUUCCGAAUGGUAUCAGAGCACAAGGAUAUCGUCAGGUCGGUGAUGGCGUUGCAAGGAAUGAUGUUCAUGUACAAACCAGACAUAGAAAAGUUAUUGAAGAGCUAUGGAAGAUUCUCCCAUUUAUGGGCGGAAGAUAGAGUUCAGCAAGUACAAGAUUUUGUGGAUACAAAUCCCAUGAAUAUAAUAGUCAAGGACAUGUUGCACAAAUACGAAGGACAAACUGAGGAAGUACUGGGCUUACCCCAACGGCACAUUAUUGGCUCCAUUCAAAUUAAUAUGGAUGACAUAAAACUGGCCUUACAUUUGGAAUCAAUUGAAUGGAAGAGGAUCCUGGGGAAACUACUCUGUCAGGCUUACAAAGAGAGAGUAAUCAAGUUGCAACAAUUUAUCAACGACCGUAUGAAGACAAUGAACAAGAGAAUUAAGGAUCUAGAUGACGUCAGAGUGGCUAUGUUGUGCCUUGAGCUUAUUAGAGAAGAAUUUAUAAGCAUGGACAUGGAACUCGACCUGAUUGAAGAAAGCUACGCUACGUUUAAUCAGUUCAGUAUCGAUGUUCCUAAAGAGGAUGCGGACAUGGUGUAUGGAUUACGCUAUGCUUUCCAGAACAUGCUAUUGACUUCCCAGCAAGUACAACAAAAGAUAGUAGAUAUGCAAGGUCCACUGCAAAGUGAAUUAACCGAAGGAGUCGCCACGUUCUUAGAGGACGUCCUUAAGUUUGACGCUGAUUUCGACCAGUUUGGACCCUUGACUCCAGGUCUAACAGCCAGAGAAGCUAGUGACAGGGUAAUCAUGUUCCAAUCACGAUUCGACGAACUUUGGAGGAGAUUUGAAAUGUACUCCAGCGGCGAAAAGUUAUUUGGUAUGGAAGUGAAAGACUAUCCGAUAUUACAUCAAAAGAAGAAAGAAUUCAAUCUGUUGAGCAAAUUGUACAGCUUAUAUUUGGCUGUAAUGAACUCCAUCGAUGGCUAUUUCGAAACACCCUGGGUGGAUAUACAAAUUGAACAGAUUGUCACACAAUUGGCCGAGUUCGAUGUCAGAUGUCGAAAAUUACCGCGAGCUAUGAAGGAUUGGCCAGCUUUUAUUGAUCUAAAGAACAAAAUUGAUGAUUUUAAUCAAACUUGUCCUUUAUUGGAAUUAAUGGCCGACAAGUCUAUGAAAGAUCGACACUGGAGGAGAUUGGAAAAACUUAUGAACUGUGUGUUGGAUGUGGAAUCUGAGGCUUUUACUCUUGCAAACGUCAUGGAGGCGCCUCUUUUGAAGUAUAAGGAGGAUGUUGAAGACAUAUGUAUAAGUGCGGUUAAAGAGAAGGACAUAGAAGCUAAAUUGAAACAAGUAACCGCAGAUUGGGCGCUGGUUGAUUUAUCAUUCGCUAAUUUCAAGAACAGAGGCGAACUAUUAAUUAGACCUGCGGAAACUCUGGAAAUCAUCACUCUACUUGAAGACUCGUUAAUGAUCCUCAAUUCAUUAGCUUCAAAUAGAUAUAACGCUCCAUUUAAGAGAGAUAUAUUGUUAUGGAUAAAUAAACUGGUGAGUACCAGUGAGAUCUUGGAGAAAUGGCUUCAAGUCCAAAAUUUAUGGAUGUAUCUGGAAGCAGUAUUUGUUGGCGGAGAUAUUGCCAAGCAGCUGCCGGCAGAGGCUAAGCGAUUUGGGGGUAUCGAUAAGACUUAUGUGAAAAUAAUGUAUCGCGCGCGAGACAUAGUGAACUGUGUGGAGACGUGCACCUCCGACGACACGCUGAAGCAGCUGCUGCCGCACCUGUACGAGCAGUUGGAGGCUUGCCAGAAGUCGCUCACGGGGUACCUGGAGACCAAGCGUCUUAUCUUCCCCAGGUUCUUCUUCGUAUCAGAUCCAGUGCUGCUUGAAAUUCUUGGACAGGCUUCAGACCCUCAUUCUAUACAACCACAUUUGCCGAGUAUUUUCGACGCAGUGUAUACUGUCGAUUUCGAUGAAAAAGACAGGAUUACCCAUAUGAACUCAAGUAAUGGCGAACGUAUACCGCUCGAAAUGCCGGUGGCGUGCCUUGGAGGAGUGGAGAUAUGGUUGAACGUUCUUCUCGAUACAAUGAAAAAUACUGUGAAAAACAUAAUUGCCAACAUUGCACAAACAAUGUCGGGCGAUCCAGAGUUUGAAUUUUUGUCCGGCUUUUGGAAUUUUCCUGGCCAGGCAGGUUUAUUGGGAAUGCAAAUAUUAUGGACUAGUGAUGCGGAGUAUGCUUUAAAGAAAGCCAAAGCAGAUCGUUACAUCAUGAGAAUCACCAAUCAAAAGAAUCUCGAUUUAUUGAAUGGUCUUAUUGAUCAAACAGUUAAAGAUCUGAUCCCACUUGACAGAACGCAAAUAGAGACUAUGAUCACUAUCCACGUACAUCAAAGAGACAUAUUUGAUGAUCUAGUCCGAAUGAGAAUAAAGACACCCGGAGAUUUCGAAUGGCAAAAGCAAGCCCGUUUCUAUUACUUUGAGGAUAGCGACGACUGUUUGAUUUCUAUUACAGAUGUCGAUUUUAUAUAUCAGAAUGAAUACUUGGGCAUUACGGAGCGACUUGUAAUCACGCCACUGACAGAUCAGUGCUAUAUUACGCUAUCGCAGGCUAUCGGCAUGAGCCAGGGAGGAGCGCCUGCCGGGCCAGCUGGCACUGGCAAAACAGAGACUACCAAAGACAUGGGCCGCACACUGGGCAAGCUUGUCAUCGUCUUUAACUGCUCCGAUCAGAUGGACUUCCGAGGUUUGGGCCGCAUUUACAAAGGCCUGGCUCAGUCAGGCACAUGGGGCUGCUUCGACGAGUUCAAUCGAAUCGAAUUACCUGUACUGUCCGUGGCUGCGCAGCAGAUAUACAUUUGUCUCACAGCCAGGAAAGAGAAAAAGGAAUUCUUUAUUUUCAGUGACGGUGAUACAGUGAGCUUAAACCCCGAGUUCGCUUUUAUUAUUACUAUGAAUCCGGGUUACGCUGGACGUCAAGAGCUACCAGAAAACUUGAAGAUCCAGUUCCGUUGGGUCGCAAUGAUGGUUCCAGACAGGCAAAUUAUUAUCAGAGUCAAGUUAGCCAGUUGUGGUUUUAAGGAUAACAUUGUCUUAGCUCGUAAGUUCUUUACAUUGUACAAAUUGUGCGAGGAGCAGUUGUCGAAGCAGGUGCACUACGACUUCGGGUUGCGGAAUAUCCUGUCCGUGUUGCGAACUAUGGGCGCGCAGAAACGAGCGAAUCCAGAUAGCACUGAGGAGAACAUUAUGAUGAGAGUAUUGAAGGAAAUGAACGUGUCUAAAUUAGUAGACGAGGAUGAACCUUUAUUUAUUUCAUUGAUCGAAGAUUUGUUCCCUGGUAUGAAACUCACACAAACUGUUCAAAGGGAAAUGCAACGAGCUAUCCUCAUUGUGACAGAACGCACAGGUCUCGUUAAUCAUCCAGAUUGGAAUUUAAAAAUCAUACAGUUGUUCGAAACGUCGUUAGUGAGACAUGGCCUAAUGACAAUGGGCCCGACAGGUUCGGGCAAGACUACUUGUAUACACACACUUAUGGCGGCUCUCACCGAAGUUGGUAAACCUCACAAGGAAAUGAGAAUGAAUCCCAAGGCAAUAACAGCACCUCAGAUGUUUGGACGUCUAGACGUAGCUACAAAUGAUUGGACUGAUGGUAUCUUUUCCACUUUGUGGCGAAGAGCUCUGAAGGUGAAGAAAACCGACACAACGUGGAUUGUUUUAGAUGGUCCGGUUGACGCCGUGUGGAUUGAGAAUUUGAAUUCCGUGCUCGAUGACAAUAAGACGUUGACUUUAGCCAACGGAGACCGCAUUACUAUGGCACAGAACAGCAAGCUGGUGUUUGAACCAGACAACGUGGACAACGCAUCGCCUGCUACUGUCAGUCGGAUGGGCAUGGUGUUCUUAUCUUCUUCGGUGCUUAAAUGGCAGCCUAUUCUAGAGGGCUGGUUAAGAAAACGAUCUCAAAAAGAGGCUGAUUGCUUCCGUGGCGUGUUCAAUAGAGUCUAUGAUGAAGUGCAUUCAUACGUACAGCAGAAAUUAGUAGCAAAAAUGAAACUUCUGGAAGCUAUCUAUAUCAGACAAUGUAUAGACGUGCUGACAGGUUUACUUCGAAUUGAACUCCCUCCAGGCAAGGUUCACACAGACCGUCAUCUUGAGCGAUUGUUCAUCUUUGCGAUGAUGUGGUCUUUAGGAGCAGUGCUGGAGUUAGAUAUGCGCACACGCAUGGCAGAGUUUAUGACUAAACUUCCAGUGAAAAUGGAUUGGCCAGGAGCCAAAUCAAAAGAAUGGGUGAUGCCCUUCGAGUACAAUGUCACUCACACUGGAGUUUGGGAGCACUGGUCUGAGAGUGUGGAGGAUUAUAUUUAUCCGCCUGACCAUAUACCAGAAUACGCUUCGAUCUUGGUACCGAAUAUCGACAAUGUAUGCAUUACGUUUUUGAUUGACAUUAUCGCCUCUCAAAAUAAAGCAGUACUCUUGAUUGGUGAACAAGGAACUGCUAAAACUGUUAUGUUAAAAAGUUAUAUGAUGCAAUACGACAACGAAGUGAAAUUGUUUAAAGUAGUAAACUUUUCGUCUGCUACCACUCCUAAUAUGUUCCAAAGAAUAAUUGAAUCGUACGUGGAGAAGAGAGUGGGUAUGACAUACGGGCCCCCGGGUGGCCGAGCUAUGACGGUGUUUGUAGACGACAUAAAUAUGCCCGUGGUCAAUGAGUGGGGCGAUCAGGUAACUAAUGAAAUAGUUCGACAAAUGAUGGAAUGCGGUGGUUUCUACUCGCUAGACAAACCUGGAGACUUUAUUACUAUUGCUGAUAUUCAAAUGUUUGGUGCUAGUAUACAUCCAGGUGGUGGUCGUAAUGACAUCCCUCCCCGUUUGAAGAGACAGUUUAAUAUAUUUAACUGUACUCUACCAAGUAUUACUUCAAUGGACAGAAUAUUUGAAACAAUUAGUACAGGACACUUUUGUAAAUCUCGUUAUGACAAGAAGAUUAUAGAGUUUAUGCCUAAACUAGUUGCAGUGACGCGUAUCAUGUGGCAGCAAACCAAGAUUAAAAUGCUGCCAACUCCUGCGAAGUUCCAUUAUGUGUUUAAUCUUAGGGAUCUGUCUCGUAUUUGGGAAGGAAUACUUUAUAUAAAAAGAGAAGAGCUCCAAUCUGUUAAUACAGCCCUCAAACUUUGGUUUCACGAAUGCUUGAGAGUGAUAUCAGACAGAUUUACUACAUUUGAUGAUAAAGACUGGUUUGUGGCGAAUUUCUGGAAAACAGCUGCACAAGAGCUGCCAGAAUACAUUUCCGAGUUCCCAGAAAAAGAAACUUUCUUUGUUAAUUUCUUACGUGAACCAGUUGAUCCAACUGGAGAUGAGGAUGAAGACUUCAGUACCGAUGCGCCCAAAAUAUAUGAAGAAUUACCAUCUUGGGAAUUCGUGUUAAACAAGCUCGUUGGCUUCCAAGACCUGUUCAACGAACAGAUUAGAGGAGCGCACCUGGACUUGGUGUUCUUCCACGAUGCGAUGGUUCAUCUCUUUAUUAUAUCACGCAUCAUUAAUACUCCACGUGGCAAUGCUUUGCUGGUAGGCGUUGGAGGUUCUGGGAAACAAAGCUUAACGAAGUUGGCCUCGUUCAUAGCCAAUUUUUCGUUCUAUCAAAUAACUUUGACCAGAUCUUACAAUGUGAACAACUUUAUGGACGACAUAAAAGUGUUGUACCGCGUAGCCGGUCUGCAGGGACGCGGCAUCUCCUUCAUAUUUACUGACAACGACAUCAAAGAUGAGCAGUUCUUAGAGUUCCUCAAUAAUAUCCUGAGCUCGGGAGAAAUUGCGAACCUCUUUCCUAAGGAAGAAAUGGAUGAGAUUAUGAAUGAGUUGACACCUAUAAUGAAGAAAUAUGCGCCAAAAAGAAUUCCAGUUCCAGACGUAUUGUAUGAGUACUUUAUUAUACGCUCCAGAGCAAAUCUUCAUGUUGUCCUGUGCUUUUCACCUGUCGGUGAAAAGUUUAGAAACCGAGCUCUGAAGUUCCCAGGUCUUAUAUCUGGAUCUACAAUGGACUGGUUCCAGAAGUGGCCUAAAGAAGCACUGAUAGAAGUAGCACAUCACUUUUUAUGGGAAUUCGCGGUAGUGUGUUCGCCUGACACAAAACAAAAUUUAAUUGAAAUAAUGGGAAUAGUACAGGAUAAUGUAGCAGAUACUUGUGUACAGUAUUAUGAUCGCUUUAGGAGGCAGACUCAUGUCACUCCUAAGUCAUAUUUAUCUUUCCUGGAAGGCUAUAAAGUGCUAUAUAAAGAAAAACAUGAAAGCAUUGCAGAAAUGGCAAGAAGAAUGACAACUGGACUUUCCAAAUUAGUGGAGGCAGCAGCCAGUGUUGAUAUUUUAAAGAAAGAGUUGGAAGUAAAGGAACUUGAAAUUAAGAAAGCUACAGAGAGAGCAGAAGAGGUGCUGGCAGCUGUAGCAGACUCGCAGGCAGCCGCCGAGAUUGUGAAAGCCGAAGUGCUGGAGGUGAAGGAUCGCGCCGUCAAACUCGUCAACGUCAUCGCAGCGGAGACCGCCGUCGCUGAGGAAAAGCUGGCGGAUGCAAAGCCAGCGCUUGACGCUGCUGAGGCUGCACUGCAGACCAUCAAUGCUGCUGAUAUUGCUACCGUCAGGAAACUGGGCAAGCCUCCACAUCUCAUCACGCUCAUUAUGGACGCUGUCAUUAUUCUGUUUAGAAAGCGUAUCGAUCCUAUUAAACCAGAUCCUGAGAAACAAUGCUUAACAGCUUCUUGGGCUGAGUCUCUAAAGGUGAUGGCGGAUGCCAGAUUUUUGAGCAAUUUGAAGAAUUAUCCAAAAGAUGAAAUAAAUGCAGAAAUGGUUGAUUUACUACAACCCUAUUUCUCAUAUCCUCAGUAUACUUUUGAAGCAGCAAAAAUAGCUUGUGGUAACGUUGCUGGUUUAAUUUCGUGGACUAUCGCCAUGGCGCAGUUUUAUUCGGUGAAUAAGGACGUGCUGCCAUUAAAAGCGAACCUAGCAGUGAUGCAGGGCAAGUAUCAAGCCGCUAAGAGGGAACUAGAAGCAGCCCAGGCACAACUCGAAGCCAAAGAGCGAGAGUUGGCGCACGUUCAGAAGCAGUUCGACGACGCGAUGACGUUGAAGCAGGCUGUGCUGGACGAUGCAGCCAAGUGCCAACAGAAGAUGGACGCUGCUACAGCUCUCAUUAACGGUCUCAGCGGAGAGCGCAUCCGCUGGACAGAGCAAUCAGCUCUCUUUAAGUCUGAGAUUGAGCGUUUGGUCGGCGACAUCCUGCUGCUUACUGGAUUUUUAUCUUAUUCUGGGCCGUUUAACCAAGAGUUUCGAACCUUACUGACAAACAGCUGGCUUAGUGAACUGUUGCGCAGAAAGAUUCCUGUAUCUAUGAAUUUGAAUAUAACAAACCAGUUGACUGACACAGCUACGAUUGGAGAAUGGAAUUUGUGUGGCUUGCCAACUGACGAAUUAUCGAUACAAAAUGGUAUUAUUGUGACAAAAGCUGCUCGCUAUCCGUUGCUAAUCGAUCCACAAAUCCAGGGAAAGAUUUGGAUCAAGAAUACUGAGAAACACAAUGACUUGAUUGUUACGACCCUAAAUCACAAAUAUUUCAGGAAUCACAUAGAAGAUUGUGUAUCGUUAGGUAGACCUAUGUUGAUCGAAGACGUAUUUGAAGAGUUGGACCCAGUACUAGACAACGUUCUUGAAAAGAAUUACAUUAAAAUCGGUUCCACGUAUAAGGUUAAAUUGGGAGACAAAGAAAUAGACGUAACAGCAGGCCACAGAAUAUACAUAACUACGAAACUACCUAAUCCCGCCUAUACGCCUGAGAUUUCGGCUAGAACUUCAAUAAUAGACUUUACUGUCACAAUGCAAGGUCUAGAGGAUCAGCUACUUGGUCGAGUGAUCUUAACAGAAAAGGCUGAGAUGGAAGCGGAAAGAACUCAACUGAUUAUGGACGUGACGGCCAACCGACGUAAGAUGCAGGAACUGGAAGCCAAUUUGCUGCAUAAACUGACCACUAUACAAGGCUCGCUUGUAGAAGAUGUGUCACUCAUUCAAGUAUUGAAUGUCACCAAAGCGACUGCCACUGAUGUAAAGGAAAAGCUGGAUAUAGCAAAAGAGACAGAGAUGAAGAUAAACUUGGCUCGCGAGGAGUACCGGCCCGUGGCCACACGUGGCUCUGUGCUAUAUUUCCUCAUUUGCAACAUGUCACUCGUAUGCAACAUGUAUCAGACCUCAUUGGCGCAGUUUCUAGAGCGCUUCGAUAUUUCCCUGGAACGUUCGCCGCAAAGCCCUAUUACGUUCAGGAGGAUCGGCCACAUUAUUGAUUAUUUGACUUUUGAUGUGUUCAAGUUCAUCAGCCGCGGUUUUUAUGAAAAACACAAAUAUCUGUUCACAUUGCUCUUAACAUUGAAAAUAGACAUACAAAGAUCGUAUGUUUCAUUUGAAGAAUUCCAGACUUUUAUUAAAGGUGGUGCAGCGUUGGAUUUAAAUGCCUGCCCUCCAAAACCAUUUAAAUGGGUAACAGAUAUGUCAUGGCUAAACUUGGUCCAGCUGUCCGGUUUGCGUCAGUUUACGAAUAUACUGAAUCAAGUAACUAAUAAUGAAAAGGGUUGGAAAGCUUGGUUUGAUAAGGAAGCGCCAGAAGAAGAGCCUUUACCUGACGGUUACAACACUCUAGACGUGUUCAGAAAGUUGCUGGUAGUACGCGCGUGGUGUCCUGACAGGACUCUAGCACAAAGUUUGAAGUAUGUCGUAAAUUCUAUGGGAGCUCGGUACUCUGAAGCAGUUAUAGUCAAUUAUGAGAAUAUGGUAUUAGAAUCUCGUCCACUUGUUCCUCUGAUUGGGUUUUUGGCCAUGGGAUCUGAUCCAACACCUUCUAUCGAGAUAACUGCUAAGCGCAUGGAGAAUAUUUGUUCAUCCAUAUCUAUGGGCCAAGGUCAAGAGAUUCAUGCAAGAAAACUAAUAGAUCGUGGAUUAAAAGAGGGAUUGUGGGUGUUAUUGCAAAACUGUCACUUAGGGUUAGAAUAUAUGGUGGAGAUCAUGGAACAAUUUGGUGAACUCGAAAAAGACCCAGAAGCAAUACAUGAAUGCUUUAGACUCUGGAUCACGACGGAAGUUCAUGAAAAAUUUCCAAUUACUCUCCUGCAAAUGUCUAUUAAGUAUACGUGUGAACCACCAUCCGGAAUAAAAGCUGGUCUCAUGAGGACUUAUGAUGCGAUGAGUCAGGACUUCCUUGACUACAGUGACAGUCCCUUCUAUUUACCGUUGAUCUACACCAUCUCAUUCUUACAUACAGUGGUGCAAGAGAGAAGGAAGUUCGGACCUCUGGGAUGGAAUAUUCCAUAUGAAUUUAAUUCUUCUGACUGGAUGUCCUCUUGUAUUUUUGUACAAAACCAUUUAGAUUCACUGGAGCCGGGGCAACCUGUCAGCUGGACUACUAUACGUUAUAUGGUGUCUGCGGUGGAAUACGGCGGAAGAGUUACGGACGACUACGACAACCGGCUACUUUGCACUUUCUGUAAGGUCUGGUUCUCAGACCAAAUAUUUACAGACGAAUUUCAGUUCUACAAGGGAUAUGGCAUUCUUAAAUAUAAGAAUAUACCCGAGUAUCUGGAAGUUAUUGAGACAAUGAAAACUGUGGAUCCGCCUCAAGCUUACGGUUUGCACACCAAUGCGGAUAUCACGUAUCAGCGCAAUACUACUCAAGAACUAUUAGAUACGAUACUAUCGAUUCAACCCAAAGAGUCGGGUGGAGGAGGCGGAGAAACUCGUGAAGCUUCAGUUUAUAGGCAAUCUAAAGAGAUGCUUGAGAAAGUUCCCGUUGACUUUGACCCCCAUGAAGUGCUUGCAAGAUUGAGAUUAUACGGUAUAAUAAAUCCUAUGGUGAUAUUUUUGAGACAAGAAAUCGACCGCAUGCAGAAAGUAAUUACGCUUGUCAGAACUACUUUGAAAGACUUAUUGCUCGCAAUUGAUGGAACAAUAAUUAUGAAUGAGGCUCUACGAGAUUCUUUAGACAAUAUCUAUGAUGCUAAAGUUCCUCAAAUCUGGUUGAAGACUUCUUGGUCGUCUUCUACAUUAGGUUUUUGGUUUACUGAGUUUUUGGAAAGAACGAUACAAUUCUCCACGUGGUGCUUCCAAGCAAGGCCAAAUUCAUUCUGGAUGACAGGAUUCUUUAAUCCACAAGGAUUUUUGACCGCCAUGCGUCAGGAAGUAACUCGAGCCCACAAGGGCUGGGCGCUCGACAUGGUCACUUUACACAAUGAUGUUACUAAAUUUGCACUGGAGGAAAUUAAAGCUCCGCCUCUGGAAGGUGUGUUUAUACAUGGUGUAUACCUAGAAGGCGCAGCUUGGGAUCGUCGCAACAUGCGUCUAUGUGAGUCUGCUCUAAAAGUAGUAUACGCAGUGCUACCGGUAAUACACGUAUACGCAAUCAACUCCGCGGCACCCAAGGACCCCAAACUUUACCAGUGUCCGGUGUACAAAAAGCCAGUGCGGACCGGCUUAACUUUUAUCACUCCGCUUUGGCUGCCCACCGUCAAGAGCCCCGAGCACUGGAUUCUAAGAGGAGUCGCCAUGCUUUGCGACAUCAAGUAACAUCGAAUAAAAAUUACAUUUUUAGGACUUCUUGAACGUUUUUAGGAGAACAUCAGCGGCGAUUAUAACUAUUUACUUCUCAACCUUUCCACAUUAAUCAGGAGGUGGUAGGUAGGUACUGCAGUUGAAGUAUUUCGACUUUAUUUAUUUUUAUAGUUUUGAUCAUGGAGUAUUUGGUGAAAUAAAUCAAAAUUAUUAUGAUAUUCGUGUAUAAUUUCAAAAGCAUUGAGGUAUUGCAAUUUAUUUACAUUAAAUGUAAGACAAUACUGUGGAUGAAUUUAUGGAUGGAUUACAUAACAGAUGCUGCUCGAACUCUAAAGGCUAUCAUACCUAUUUCAUGUUAUUUUUUUGUAAUUUGAAAUUAAAACUUAAUUUAUGCCAUUCAGAUAUAAGGCCGUUUUCAUGGACAUUACAAUGGACGGAGUAAAUUCGCUGAAUAUUUUAUAUAAUAUCAUCACAUGGAAGUAGUAAGUCGGCAGUGGGAAUUAUUCUAAGAUAUCUCCUGAUAUAAAUCAAUUUCAUCGUUUUCGUCGUGUAGGAUGGUCAGUCGUCCGAGAGCGAACGGCGCGUGUCGGCGCCGCACAUCGUAUUAUCUAGGUUUAGAGAAAUCUGUUCGAUGUUUCCUCGCUAACUCUAAAGCUUUGGCAGUAAUAUAGGUACACACAUCAUUAUUUAAAUAUCAGUCUGAUUGCCUUUUUAUUUUAAUUGUCAUGUGGUGUUGUUAAGGAAGUCUAGUCUUCAUUGAUAGAUAACAUCGUAACAAAAUGUUCUAUGACUACUAGUAUAUACAA